AUGAAUCUCGGCUGGCUUGACGUUUCGGCUGAUAGCGUCUUUGCAAUUCAACCAAACUCGGUUGUGUUAAUUCCCGGCGCUAGUUCAACCAUUGAUAUCAUGGCCUUUCCGCGGGCUGUUAAAAGAUACGAUGCAACCAUCGUCUGCACCAUCAAAGAAAAUCCAGAACCGUUCAUGAUGCGAGUCGCUUGCGAUGGUGCCAUACCACUGGUCGAAGUGGACAAGAAGGUUUUCAACUUUGAAAAAGUGCUUAUACAAAGGUGA